GUAGAAUUCGGCCCCCGCAUAAGGAGAAAGGAUAAGCACAACCAACUGAACCCUGCUGUCAAGAACUUGAAAAGUUGAGCUGCGCCGGACAGCAUUGGUUAUAUGGUCUCCAUGUCCACGUCCUCUUGCUUUGAUAGAUCUGCUUGCGGUAACGACAAGUAUUUAACUCUCUAGUUUGUUGUUGCUGUGCACCGGAACGAAGCGUAGGGACGCGCUGAGAGAUUGGGCCAGCUUGCUGCGUCUCAAUCACCAGCUUGUAAUGCAGUGGGCAAACAAGAGGACACAAAAGGAUAGUGCAUGCGCCGGCAGGCUCUGAUUGGACUUACAACCGCUCUGUUUUGGAGGGAACCUACUUUUCGUCGGAUUGAAAGCAGGACAUCAGGUCCUUGCUCUGCUGAUCAAGAUGAGUGCUGUAAGCACGCUGGUGGGCCUUGUGCUGUUGUUGGGCACCACAGUUUGCCCUGCCGAGGCCCAGCUAGCUGCGCCGCAUCACCACAGACGGCUGCACCAAGCAGGGGCGGCGCCCGCCCCCGUGGGCCAGGUGUGCUCCAACGGCCUGGUGUGUCCGGAGCACCAGCGCUGCGACACCACGCUGCUGUCCGGCAACGACGGCACCCAGGCGGUCAUCCAGUGCCUCUGCGUGACCGGCUACAACGGCUCCGAAUGCCCCAAGCCCUUCACGGUGCCCCCAGCCCCCACCGAUGGCCCCGUUGCACCGUUGCGGCCAGCUGCAGUGGCGCCCGCGCCCGUGGGCCAGGUGUGCUCCAACGGCCUGGUGUGUCCGGAGCGCCAGCGCUGCGACACCACGCUGCUGUCCGGCAACGACGGCACCCAGGCGGUCAUCCAGUGCCUCUGCGUGACCGGCUACAACGGGCCCGAGUGCCCCAAGCCGUACACGGUGCCCCCACCGCCGACCACUGCCCCAGUAGCGCCCGCUCCACCAACAAGUACUGCCAGCAGCGCCGCCGCGGCAGCUGCCACGGUGGCCUCGCCGGGGUCCUCGUCAUCCGCGCCUAAGGGGGGCUCCAGCGGACUAGGGGUGGGCGCCAUCGUGGGAAUCGUGGUGGGGUGCGUGCUCGGGGUGGGCCUGCUGGCGGCGGGUGUGCUGUACGGGAUGCGGCGGCGGCGGGAGGAGCGGAAGGCGGUCGAGUUCCAGGACUUCCAUCACGCACACCACAGUAUGGACUCCCACCAGCAGCCGGCCGCGCCAACGGCCCCGGAAGCAUGACGGCUGCAACGAGGUUUGGUGAUGCUUUUCGCGGUUUUCCCCAUCUUGGAGAUGACGAAUCCGACCUGGUUGACAAGAGCGGGCCAUUUUGCCUCUGGCCUUCUGUUGAUCCGCGACUUCGUCGAAUGAUUUUAACACGCCUCUUUUGAAUGUAUUACAUUGUGAUUAUUAAGAGGAGGUUUGCUUUGGUGAGGUAGGUGCGUCGGUCCGAUUAGGUUGCCCCUGGUUUUGAAGCUAGUGGUAAGGAAAUACGAUGUAGAGCUGUAUUUAAGAGACGCAUCUGACCACCGUCGGUUGAGAAUUCACCCUCUGCUCUACCUGGGUCCCUCUAGAAUCCCGUACGUAUGAGAAUAGGUACAAGCGGAAGCUGCCAUACUAGAGCCGCAGUGAGUGCACGCUAGCACGUACAAAGACAGAGGAGAAGCGCCUUUUCGGGCGCUGCUUAGAGCAUAUACUCAAAGCAAGUUGUUGGGCACUUUUAUCGCCGACUACAUAAUCGGGGGCACACGUACUCAAUCCGUUGAGGCACCACGAUCAUUGAUGUACAU